AUGCAGCACUGGAAGAAGUUGUGGGCUGCUGCAGCCCUGUGCAUGGUGCUUGUCCUGUGGCAGGUUCAUCAGUCCUUGUACCUGGGGCAUUCUGGCUCUUCCUGGAGGCCUGGAGACAUGCUGUGGCCUCUGUCCGUCUCAGAGGCCAAGCCCUGUGGCUGUGCCAGCUGUAUUGUGGAGCUCAGCAGCUCAGCCUGGUUUAAUGAACAGUACGACUCAGCGAUAAAUCCCCUGCUGACAGUGCACACCUCCAAGAUCGCCCCAGACGUUCUGUUGUGGUGGCUGAAGCUGCAGGGCUCGAAGAGCCGUGCCCAGCUCCAGGGAAUAAUCCAGCAAAUGUUUGACAUUCUCCCAUCCCCAACGGUGGAUGCUUGGGACCCCUCCCGCUGCAGGACGUGUGCAGUGGUGGGGAACUCCGGGCGCCUGAGGGGCUCCCACUACGGGCGAGAGAUUGACUCCCACCACUGGGUUCUGAGGAUGAACAGGGCACAGACUGCUGGGUUCGAGGAGGAUGUCGGCACGAGGACAACGCACCGCUUUAUGUACCCAGAGAGCGCUGUGGACCUCCAGCCUGGGGUUCACCUGGUGCUGGUCCCCUUUAAACCACUGGACCUGAAAUGGGUGACCAGUGCCUUCUCCACAGGCGAGCUGCGCUACACGUACACAAGAGUCAAACAGUUCAUUAAAGCCGACAGAAGCAAGGUGCUAAUCUUGAACCCUGCCUUUCUCAAAUACAUCCAUGACAAGUGGACACAGCACCACGGGAGGUAUCCAUCCACUGGCCUCACAGCAUUGCUCUUUGCCUUGCACACCUGUGAUCAGGUGGCAGUGUUUGGUUACGGUGCGGACAACAAUGGGAACUGGCACCACUACUGGGAAGCGAACCGUUACCCUGGAGCCUUCCACAAGACCGGCGUGCACAACGCUGGCUUUGAACUCACCCUCAUCAAGAAACUGGCAGCCGAAGGCAAAAUCUCCUUUUAUAACUAG